AUGGUCGACUUCGCCAUUCCACAACAUUACACCAACUCCCCGUCCUCAUUGAGUGGCACUCCCCAUUUGACCAUCAAUCGAGACAUCAAUGCUAUCGAUCUCGAUUCCAGCAAUGCAUUCGAAGGACCGGAAAAGCUUCUAGAAGUAUGGUUSUCUCCCACGGAGAAAUCCCUUCCGGCCUCUGCUUCGCCGCUAGGCUUGAAGGCAGUCUCGCAGGAUUCAUGGAAGGAAAUGCUUGAUCUUGUCAAUUGCAAGGUCUUGUCCGUCAUCGAGUCUCGCAAUGUCGAUGCUUAUCUGCUCUCCGAGUCGAGCAUGUUUGUGUUCCCGCACAAGCUUGUGUUGAAAACUUGCGGUACCACGACCUUGCUCUGUGGACUUCCACGCAUGCUGGAGAUCGCCGCACUCGAAGGUGGAUUCCCGCACAUCAAGGCCGGCCUGCCAGAAGGAUCUAUCGCGGCAGCGACUCCUCAUCGCGUCUUCUACAGCCGUAAGAACUACUUGUUCCCAGACCAGCAGCGUGGUCCUCACCGUAGCUGGCGUGACGAAGUUCGAUACCUUGACAGAAUGUUUCUGGGUGGAAGUGCGUACAUGAUUGGGAAGAUGAACGGGGAGCAUUGGUACUUGUACAUUACAGGUCCGGGAACGCAACUUACUCCGCCCGGCACGCCCAUUGAGGAUACCUUCCAGACCCCGACCAAACAAAUGGUGCUUCCAGACAAGACCAGAGGCUUGCAGUCCGAGGAGCCGGAGGAUGAAACGCUUGAGAUUCUCAUGACUGACUUGGAGGAAGUCAAUGCUCGCCAGUUCUAUCUGGAGGAUGCUAGCGAGAUUGCCCAGGACAACGUACGUCGCGCUCACUUGGCUCGUAAAGACGCCAUUGGCCACCUUGGYGUUAUCCCCGAGGGCAAUGAUUCCUCCACUAGCAUCUCUGGGAACACCCUCGUCAGUGGAGGCAGCCACGAUGACGAUUCCAGCUUCGACGUCUUCGCCCAGACCUCCGAUGAGCAUUCUGGACUUAGCUCCGACUCUGAAGAAGAGCCGCUAUCUUUCGCGGAGGAAUUGAGCACCGAGGGCCACGCACUGGGAACGGUCGUGACAGAAUCUUGCGGCCUGGGCGAUCUGUACCCGACCACCAAGUACCCAGAUGCUCGCAUUGAUGCGUAUUCUUUCAUGCCCUGUGGCUACUCGGCCAAUGGUGUCGUUCCUAUGCCUGGUGAUGGCGACUCGACGAGCUACUGGACUGUGCAUGUCACUCCCGAGCCGCACUGCUCGUACGCCAGUUUCGAGACCAAUGUACCCACUCGUCACACUGGUCGUGAGACUGUCGACGUGGUUCAACAGGUCGUCGGGAUCUUCAAGCCUGGCCGCUUCAGCGUCACUCUAUUCGAGGCCAAGGAUGGAGAUGAGACUGGAUACGCCAAGAAGGACAAGCGUAUGGACUUUGUCAAAGGCUACCGUCGCGUGGAUCGCAUCGUUCAUGAUUUGGAAGGAUAUGAACUCAUCUUCCGCUACUUUGAACGUGAAGAUUGGAAGGGAGGAGCUCCUCGGCUUGGCGAGCACAGCCCAUGA